CGCACACCGUCGCCCCCUUUAAGAGCCUGCUCCGCGGGACUAACGUUCGAACGGGCCCUGGCGCCCCUCCUCGGGCUCCGAUUGGUCGUGCGCGGCGCACGAGGGCGCGCCGGCCAGCCCCGGAACGGCUGGCGGCCCUUCGUGAUUGGCGGUCGCGGAGUCUAUAUAAGGCGCGGGGCUGCCGGGCUGCCCUGUUUAGCGACCAGACCCGAAGCUGGGCGCUUGUCUGGUGUGGCGAGGCCAGCGGGGCAGCGCGCGCCUCACCAGAGUCGUUUCUCUUCGGAGUCUUAGGCGAUCGAGGGUGUGCCCAGGGGCGGACUUGUUUGUGUUUCCCGUUCCCUCCCAGCUUCCGAACGUGACACCCCGUCACCCCGGCGCUGGCGGCCGUGUGCAGGGGAGGCAGGAUGGAGUUCAAGCUGGAGGCUCACCGCAUCGUCAGCAUCUCCCUGGGCAAGAUCUACAACUCGCGGGUCCAGCGCGGCGGCAUCAAGCUGCAUAAGAACCUCCUGGUCUCGCUGGUGCUGCGCAGCGCCCGCCAAGUCUACCUGAGCGACCCGUGCCCCGGCCUCUACCUGGCAGGUCCCGCGGGGACCCCAGCGCCGCCGCCGCAGCAGCCCGGGGAGCCGGCGGCCGGGCCACCCGCUGGCUGGGGAGAGCCGCCCCCGCCCGCCGCCCGUGCCUCCUGGCCGGAGACCGAGCCGCAGCCGGAGCGCUCCGCGGUCUCAGAGGCGCCGCGGGUAGGGGACGCGGUGCCGGCGGCCACGGUGACCGGAGUCGGGGACGUUCCUCAGGGCGGAGAGGCGGACGCGGCGGAAGCUGCCUGGAACCGCGUGGACGGGCCUCGCCAGGCGGCGGCCGGAGAAGCCGAGGGUCCCGCCGGAGGCUGGGGUGUCUUCCCCUUGGGGUCUCGUGCCUCUCGCCGCCCCUGCGGCUGCCCCCUAGGCGGGCAGGACCCGCCGGGUACGCCGGCCGCAACCCCCCGCGCUGCCUGCUGCUGUGCGCCGCGACCCGCCGAGGACGAGCCUCCCGCGCCGCCCGCCGUGUGCCCCAGGAAGCGCGGCGCGGCGGGGGUGGGCGGCAGCCCAGCGAGCUGCCCGGCGCCCGGCUCGACCCCGCUUAAGAAGCCCCGCCGGAACCUGGAGCAGCCUGCGAGCGGGGGAGAGGACGACGACGCUGAGGAGAUGGAGACCGGGAACGUGGCUAACCUCAUCAGCAUCUUCGGUUCCAGCUUCUCGGGACUCCUACGGAAAAGCCCCGGGGGCGGCCGGGAGGAAGAGGAGGGAGAGGAGACCGGUCCGGAAGCCGCCGAGCCCGGGCAGAUCUGCUGCGAUAAGCCGGUGCUGAGAGACAUGAACCCCUGGAGCACAGCCAUCGUGGCCUUCUGAGCCCCUGCCUCCGUGUGGGGAGGAGGUUGAGCAGCGGGCGUCCCCGAAGUGAGGGUCGGGACCCUCCCGGCUGCGAGGACGCCCAGAGACCGCAGGCGCUGAGCGCGUUGGGCAGACUGGUCGCCGCCGGGCAUCGCAAACUGCCCCCGGGCGCGGGGGCCCUGCCGGCCCGGGACUCUCGAGGCUUAUCUGGAGACCAGGGAGCUUGAGGCUCAUUGGAAGAGGACGAUCGUUAACUUUUGUGUUUGUGUAUGUCAGUGUGUGUUAAGUUUGUCUUGUGGCAUUGAGACUAUUUUGUCCUUCUGGAAUGCGCCACUCCUUCCCCGGGGCUUACGAGACUGGGGGCAGACAGGGACUUUCCUCUGCCUACAGCGUGGAGAAGGAAGCGGCUAAAAGGUUCGGGCCGGGGAGUUCCCCAUUCGUUCUCCGGAGAGGGAGGGACUUUACACCCACCCCUCACCGGAAAGCUAGACCCGCUUCAGGGCCAGGAGUGGCGUUUCCGCACAGGAUUUCCUAAGACGAGAGGGAUUUUAGCCACGAGCACCGACUUGAAUUCCCUCCCUCCCUCCCCACUUUUCUUUGCCAAUGAAGAAACGCUUAUGUCCUGUGAUUACUUUAGGAAAGGGGAAUAUUAACAGCCCUUCGCUUCCCCGCAGGGGAGAAAAAGCUUGACGAACUUCACAGAAGAGUUCAAGCUUGGAAAUACGGAGUUUAUAGAGAAAAGAUAUAUUUUUAAAAGCUCUAGGUCCGAACUACUACACAGUGCUUUUAAAAAGUGUUUAAUGAAAGUUUACAGACAGAAGCCCUAAGUGAAAAGACCUUAUGGUUUUGUAGAUAAGGUGACUCCAGUCUUUGUUGUAUAAAGGUUGGGGGAGCUGAUAAGGUUUUUGUACAGUAUUUUCUCCUUCGUUGUAUUGAUUUUUGUAUAAAAAUGUAACUUCUACGUGUCUAACACGUAUUAAAUAUUUUGAAGCAACGUAA